UCACUCCUCUCCCCUUCACUUCCCCUCAUCCUUCCCUCUCAUCUCCUACCGCCACAACGUACGCCUAGCUAUUCGGCUCCAAGCGUGGUGGUCUCACCGCCUCACCUGAGGUGAGGUGAUUCCACCCGCCGCCGCCGGCAGCCAUGCUUCCAAGAAGCCAGAGCAUCUUCCACCUCGGCGAGGAGGGUGGCGUCGUCCACUGCCACCGCGGCGGUAACCACCUCGUCGCGGCGUCCAUGGGGAUGGGCGGCGCCGGUGGACACUACGGCUCCGGCACGCGCGGCGGCGGCCGCCGCGCGCGCGAGCGCGAGCGCCUCGUCGUCGGGCUCCAGAUCAUCGUGCACAGCCAGCACCACCACGGCCGGCACGCGCACGCGCACGCGGCGAGCGUAGUGCUCAAGCAGAUGGUCCGGCCGCGCGCCGCUGCCGCCGCCGCCGCAGGGCGCCACGGCGCCGUCUCGUGCAGCUUCCUCAAGGCCUGCUCCCUGUGCCGGCGUGAGCUCAGCCCUACCAAGGAUGUCUACAUGUAUAGAGGUGACCAAGGGUUCUGCAGCGAGGAGUGCCGGUGGCAGCAGAUCGCCGUCGACGAGGCGCGGGAGCGGGAGGCGGUGGCGGCCGCGGGCCGGCCGGAGCGGCGAGGUCUGGCUCGCCACCACAGCCCUCACCGUGCGGCGGCGCCCGUCCGUGGCAGGCCAAGGAAGACACUAGCCGUAGCCUAGAGUUAUUACUAUGUAGUGUUAAAGUACUUACUGAGAAGAGGAGCACGUACUACUACUGUUCAUGGAGAACUUUGAGAGGAAGUUAUUAGCCAGGUAUGUCAAUAACAGAAGGACUUUGCAUAUGUGUAUGCAUGCAUAAGAAGAAGAAGAUGUGAUAAGAGAGUUAAUUUGAGUGGUAAUGAAGAGAGGUUAAUCAUGGAGUAGUAGAAAGGGGUUGAUCAGAAUAUUGGGUCAGUAUUUUUUGUUUCUAUUUUUUGCGUGUUGUAAUCCUAGAAGGGAUAUGCAACUUGUUGUUAGAUCUGUGUGUUUGUUUGUUAUACACGUACGAUCCGAUAUGGUUGAUUAAUUAUAUUCUGGAAGGUUGCAUGCAAGAAAGUUAAGUGGAGAACAA